GUAGGACAUGUGGUUUUUCAGUCAUAGAGUAGAGCCUUUCAUAGCAGAGGGCUGAGUGAGGUGCAGAUUACUCAGAGUGUAGGAGCAAGAGCCCUGGCAGCAAAUUAUUGGAGCCUGGAAAUGCAACAGGAGACGGAGACAGAAACAUCGAUGGCUCCCUACCAUGUCAGGAGAUACCAAGACCAUGACUGGGAGCCUGUGCGGGAAUUAUUCUCUAAGGGAAUGCUGGGGAAUAUACCUUCUGAAUUUUGGACCUCGCUGAAGAAGCCAAGAACAUUCCUGGUGCUCCUGGGGGUGCCCUUUGCCCUCUUCUUGGGCUCUGGCUCCCUCAUCCUGUGUCUUCUGUCUUUAUUUGGCCUUUUGGCUUGCCAGUGGCUGACUUUAAGGCGUUUUGUGAAACAGUAUGUAGAAAAUUCCUUGAACACUGACCUGUUGGAUAUCCAGAAAUCCUAUGUGGGCUUUUGGGUGGCAGAGUGUAAGCAUCAGGUAGUGGGUAUCGUGGGUGCCCACCCACCACUGAGGCCAGUAGGAGGAGGGAACUAUCUAGAAUUGCUCCACUUGUCUGUGAAGAGGAAUUAUCGAGGCAAAGGGUUAGCCAGGACCUUGGUCCAGACUUUGCUCCACUUUGCCCAGGAUCAGGGAUGUGAUGGAGUGGUCCUUGAGACUAGCAACUCCAAUCACCCAGCUCGACGACUUUAUGAGAGUCUUGGCUUCCAGAAAGCCCAUGAAUCAGGGUAUCACUUGAACUGGUGGCUAGGUUACUUCUCCACUUGGCAUUACAAAUGUGAUUUUUCCUCCCAAAAAUGACUGUCCCCUGCCCCAACCCUUUCAUGUCUCUCAGUGUUCCAUGGGUUUGUUUAUAGGGUCCACAACACUGUGAUGUCAUAUUAAAGCCUGUUGACUUUCCUGCCA